GGAAAUUAUGAUGGAUAGAUGAAUGAAAUAAAUAUACACGGAUUGUGACGGAGUACGUUGUACAAAUAUUUACCUGAUACUAAAUCAGAGCACUAUGAGCCUGUUUGGCUGUGUGAUGGCAGGAAUACCAUGAUCAGGACAGGAAGAGCUUAGUUAGAGGAGUUAGGAAAUGUUUACAUGAGGAAGUACAACAAAGUUUUGUCAAGCCCUGUGUUUUCUGCAUACACUAAAGCAAAAUGGAAGUGGUUGAGGUGGGCUAAUUAUCAUCCCAGGCUCUCCCACAAUCCACCACCGGACUAUCCGACACGUUCAGCUCUCGUAUUUAACUUGGAUCCUGUAGAUAGCCAUGGAUGAAGACGACAAUAGGGAAUGGCUCUACGAGCUCCUGAGUGAAGUACAGCUGGAGCAGUUCUUCUCAAAGUUACGGGAUAAUUUACAAGUUACACAGCCCUCUCACUUUGAUUAUGUUAAGACAGAGGACUUGGAGAAAAUCGGCAUGGGGAAGCCAGCCAUUAGACGUCUGCUUGAUGCUGUUAAAAAAAGGAGAACCAGUAAAAAGCCAAGGAUCCUAGACAAAAUUCUCUCAGGGACUGCCAAGAGAAUGGCGGACGAUGGAGGGAGGGCUUCCCCCUCCUCCCGUCACAGUGGGGAACAGUCACUGACCUGUCUCAUCAACCAGAGACAGCUGAUGCUGUGGGGGAAGCUGGGUAACGGCUCCUUUGGGGUGGUGCGGGAGGGAGAGUGGUCCACCCCCUCCGGCCGCAAGAAAAAGGUUGCUGUUAAAGUGUUGAGAGCGGAUGCCCUUGCCCAGCCUGGAGCUUUUGAGGACUUCGUGAAAGAAGUGAAUGCCAUGCACAGUCUGAAUCACCCAAACCUGAUCCAUCUGUAUGGCAUUGUUUUAUCCUCACCAUUAAUGAUGGUGACAGAGCUGGCCCCGGGAGGUUCUCUACUGGAGUGUCUGAGGAGGGAACAGACGGCUGUCCUUAUAUCCACAUUGUGUGAAUAUGCUGUACAGAUUGCCAAUGGAAUGAGUUACCUCGAGUCCAGACACUUCAUCCACAGGGACUUGGCCUGUAGAAAUGUCCUGCUGGCUUCCCCACAAAAGGUGAAGAUUGGUGACUUUGGAUUGAUGAGAGCUUUGUCUAGUCAAGAAGACCACUACACCAUGUCAGAACAGAAGAAGGUCCCAUUUGCUUGGUGUGCACCGGAGAGUCUAAAGAUCCGUAAAUUUUCACACGCUAGCGACACCUGGAUGUUUGCUGUGACUCUGUGGGAAAUGUUCACAUAUGCUGCUGAACCAUGGAUGGGUUUCAAUGGUUCUCAGAUAUUACAGAAGAUUGAGGAUGGGGAGAGGCUGAGUAAGCCUGAUCACUGUCCGGCGGACAUCUACACCCUCAUGUCCCAGUGCUGGGCCCUCAAACCCCAGGACAGGCCUACCUUCCAGGCCCUCAAGGACUUUCUUUGUGAGAUGCGACCCCAAGACAUGAAAGUGAUAACAGGUUUUUGUGAGAAGGAACACUUGGAGAUCAUUGAAGGGGAUAUGCUCACAAUACUGGAUGGAAGACCUGACUGUUACUGGUGGAAGGGACAGAACAAAAGGACAAGUGAAGUCGGGACAUUUCCUAGACACUGUGUUGAUCCACAACGAAAACUGGGCGGAAAUGACAUCAGCAAACCUCUGAAGAACAGCUUCAUUCACACUGGACACGGGGAUCCAGGGGGUAAAUCCUGGGGGGAUCCGGGCGCCAUUGAUGAAGUUUAUUUACGAAAUCCAAUGGAACCCCCAGAUUUGCACAAACCAGAUAUGGCUUCUAAACAGUUGAUCAAGAAUCAGCUGACUCAAUCGUUGAGUGCUAGACAACAGUUUAGUUACUCAAAGUUUGUCAACGAGGUGGACAGUGACUUCCAAGACAGGAAGUAUCCGUCAACCUUACCCAAGUCUGUCGCCACAGUGGGGGCCACUCCCAACCCAAGGGCCAUGGAGAAAUCACAAAAAAAUGGCCAGAAAGAGGAGGGGCUCCUCAUUGACUUCAGUGAUGAUUCAGAAGUGUGUACCGAUCUACAAAAGCCAGCAGCUAGCACGCUGAGCUUGUUUGACACUCUGACGUCGUCUGAUCAUUGCGAUCGUCUAGACAAGCCUUUGAUUCAGGAUGCAGACACACCAGUUGACCCCUUUGACACGAGGAUUUCUCUGGGGUCCAUCUACAGUAUUAAACCACCCCCAACAGUUCAGAAAAGUGCAAAUCAAACUGUGAAAUCAAUGACUACUGAAACUGUGAAUCAGAAUAAUCAUGUGAUUUCUCGUCCUACUGUCCCUCUUCAGUUACCCGAAAAGUUUCAUUCAUCCUCUCUCAGGCCAGAAAGUGAAUCCUUUGAAAGUAAGAGGCAUCAGAUUGAAGAACAAUUAGGCAAUAAUCCACUUCAUCAGUUUAGAACCAACGAGCUCAACGUAGGAACAUAUGUGACAGGUAGUCAAAUCCAGGUGGUCAACACUCAACAUGUGGAGGAGAGCAAACCUUCACAGGCGAUCCCACCUAAAACUAAUGACAAGGCCUUCGAUUGGCUGGAUGAUGCUAUGAGUAAUAUGGGUGUGGCCAAAAACUCAAUAUACAGCAAUCAAACUCCUUUGUAUGAUGAGGUUCCAAACGAAGAGGAAUAUAAUACCAUUGGUGGUGGGUUACAUAAAGUGAAAAACUGUUUCAAUAACACCAGUAGUAGUAGGCCACUGUACGACGAGGUACCAGAUGAAGUGGAGAAAGGGGAUGUGAAAAAUAUAAUGCCAAUAUCCUCCUCUACACUUCCUUCUUCAAUCAAUAAUCAAAUUUAUGUCCCUGCUAGUACAGUGUCUGAUUAUGACUGGGAUUCUUUUGACUCUGACUUUGAUGAUGAUGUAGAUGAGCCACAGGUUGAUGUGGGGGCCACGGCCCGCCUUGUGAAAUCUGACCACCUUGAAAAGCCACCACCGCUACCACCAAGAGAUUAUCUGUCAAACAGUUUGGACUCUAGAAGAGAUGCAUUGAAGAAGAAAAGCGAAAAAGCUAGAAUUUUCCCUGUUCUUCAGGAUGGCAAACAAAUAAGUUCUACCCAUUACUUUCUGAUCCCUCCUAAGGGCUGUGAUAAUAGUCGUACAAAUACUGCUGCUGUGCGGCCAUUUUCUGUGGAUGGGAACCAGCUUGAUCAUAAGAAACAGCAACCACACACAAUGUCUGAGUAUCAGAAUGUGACCGGUGUGGAGUAUGCAAACAAUAAGCAAACCAGUAAAGAUCACCUAGAGAAUGGGGACCGAAGGUCUUGGUCAGGAAUGACAGGGCUAAAACCCAUCGGAAAAAUAUCCAAUGAAUUAUCUGGCAAAUCCAACAAACCCUGUAACAGAACUGUACCUCGUUCAGUCCCAAACUCAUCUAAGUCGGUGGAACCAAAUUUUAUGUCCACGUCCCCCAGGGAAAAAGUGUUACUGGUCCAGAAUAGUGUGCUAGGAGUGACAGACGAGGAGUGCCAUGCUGCCCUUUGUCAGACAUCUUGGAACGAAAAGGAAGCCAUGAAGUACUUGAAAACGGAACAACUGUUCCGACUCGGGGUCACAACACGAGAAGAUUGUGAAAGACUUUUGGAAGCUUUGAACUGGAAUCUUGAACUGGCUAGUUCAGUUUUGUUGGACGAUUUUCGUAACAGAAGGAAAUCAGUUGAAUCAACUGUUUGACUUAGUGCCACAUUUAUUUCACAUAUUAGUCAGCCAUAUUAUUUAUUACCUUUCAUGAAAGCUAUUUUACAUAGUCAGUGUGCAUCAUCAUUUUAUGUACCAUGUCAUUUUUAUAUUAUGCAUGUACUAUACAAGAACAAGAAGAAAGAGCAAUAUACAAAUUACAAGUCUAUUUUCUCAGGAUAUUUUAUGCUGUAAAUUUAUUAACAGAGGAAAGAGACGAUCAUAACCCAGAAUAAUACUAGACAUUGGUGCAUGAAAUUAUUAAUGGUUAUGCACUUUCUGUACAGUAUUUUUCAGCAUGAUUGUAUAGUGUUAUAUUUUCCACAAGAAUGCUAUAAAUUUUAAGAAUUAUAGUUGUUUUCUACACCUGAGAGAUGAGGUUGUUUAAUACAGAGAUCCUGUGUAUGAUUGAUGCUUGAGUUGAGGCAGUUGGUCGAAAAUCAAGGGAGUGAGAAGAAGUAUUGCGGGAAUCAUGGAUUUAAGGGACAAGUUAUUUGCAGGUCUGUUGUGGAUGAGGUUGAAAGUUCAUGAUAUUAUUAAGGACAAGAUUAACUAUUGACAGGAUUUUCUGAAUGAUCAUGCAGGAUAAGGCUUAACUUCAGGAUAUAAUUAAGAGACAUCUGGGAUUUUCAUUUUUUUAGUCACAGAGAGAGAGAGAGAGAGAGAGAGAGAGGUCAUUUGGAUUGCUGUCAUUUUAUUAAUCAAAAUCUGAGCAACAUUUUUAUUGCCGGUACUUAAUGAUAAACUGAAGAUGAAAAAGGGAAGCAAACAAUUUAUUAGUAAAGCUUCAUUUACUCAUACACAAUUUAAUACCUAGAUUUUUAGAGCUUGAAUUAAUGAUUAGUUUAAUUUCUUUGAUAUCUUUUAUCCAAAUGAUUUUUCAAAUGCUUUCAUAGUCAAAUUUAAGUAGGGUAUAUGUAAGCACAAUUUUUUUAUGAAUUCUUACAAGCUUUUUAAAUUUUUUACUAUCUUUUUUCCUCAUGGCAUUUAAACCUUGUUUUUAUUACCUUUUUUAUACAAACUUUUCCUAUGUGUCCAGAUUCCUGCAAGUAUGUAAUCAAAUGUGGACAUUUUCUUCGGGACAGUACAUGUUUUGCCCAUAAGUCUGUUGGUUGAAGUAGUUUCUAUCCUUUAGGCAAUGACUACAGAAUAAGGAUGUACUGUAUAAUUAAAUGCAUUUGUAAGAAAUACUCGCAGAUAGCAUGCUCCAAAUUUUUAUAUUUAUAUCUUUCUCAUUUUUACCCAGUAAUAUGCCCCCUCCCCCCCCCAACCUUUUGAUUUAACUUUUUUUCAAAUAGAUUUAAAAAAUGGUUAAAAAAUGAAAAGUUAUAGUGAGAUGAACAUUACUUUUUUGGGGGGGGGUGUCAUAUCUACAAUAUCUUUGCUUUUCACAUUAAUUGUUGUUUGUUUUUUUUUUUUUGGGGGGGGGGGGGUUUGUCCUUGACUUGUGUCCUUGUGAGAGUCAUGUGUCAGAGGUCCAAUGCUGUGUUAUUCUCGUUUUGUCCACUGUUGUCAAUGUUCUCAUGUGAUAUUGUGUUAUGUCAAGUGAUAUUAUUAAUAACAGAAACCUGCUGAUAUAAGAUAUUUGUUUUAUUGUUUGUAUUUCGACAAUACAUUUUAUUUGAUAAGUCAUUGAAUACAAAUACUAUCUACACAUGGCCAGUGAAUUAAGUAUUGUCAGUAUUGACUAACUGUGCAUCAAAUGUACAGGUGUAUUAAAGUCUGAAGAUCCUUGAAAAAAAUGGUUCAUUUUUUUUUUGGCUAAUGCGAUCACGAUUUUGGACGAAAUCUAUUUUGCUCUUUAUAUUUUUUACAAUGCUUAAGAUCAGCAUUUCUAAUUAUCAAAUGAAAUUUGAGAGUCAGCCAUUAAGUUAUAAGCAAGAUACAGGAGCUUACAAUUGUCAUAUAAACAAGGCUUUGUUUCUGUUUGCAUAUUUUCAACAUACCAGUAGAAUAUCGUUUUCAAGCUAAUUUGUCUAUCUUUUUAUUCAUUUUUUUUAGAAUAAAUAAACAGUUCUUAACCUUUAACACAUUCAUUUUAAGUCUAAUAUUGGAAUUUCACUUCAACACUCAAAAUGUAACCAAAAGCUUUGUUUACAUUGCAAAGAAUUGUAAACUCUGUAACUCGCUUAUAACUCAACAAAUGACUCAAAUUUUGGUUGCCUGUUAAAAUGCAUUAUUGAAGCAUUGUAAAAAUUAAAAUUGGAAAAAUAAUUUUUGCCGAAAAUCGUGACCUUUAAAGGGGCAUGGUCAAAAAUUAAUUUUCCGUUUUCAAAGUUUACAAUGCUUUAGCGUUUUAAUGGACAAACCAAAUGUGUCAGUCGUCGAGUUAUAAGCGAGAUACAGAGUUCACAAUUCUCUGUUAUGUACGCAAAGCUCUGGUCACGUGUUUACAUUUUGAAUAUUCUAUGUUAAAUGUGAAAAACACUAGCAACUUUUUAAUCAUGUAUCAAAACGAAUCGAAUCAGCAGAUAGAAAAAUCAGAUUAAAAAAAAAGAACUUUAAAUUUAUCAGUAUAUUGAACAAAUGUAAACAAAACCAAGGCAUGAGCCUUGUUUACAUAAAACAACAUUUAGAGUUUGUUAUCUUGCUUAUAAUUAUGACCGAUACUCAAAUUUCGGUUGAUAAUUGGAAAUGCAUUACUGAUGUAUUUUAAACAAUUUAAAUUUUUUUAAAAAAUCUACCAAAAUCAUGACCAUGCCUCUUUAAAUGUAAAGGAACUGUAGACUUUUGUUGAUCGUUCAAAUUUCUAAAAUAGGAUUUUGUGUUCUUCUCUUUAUAAGGCUAUAUGCAUUUUAAAUCAUAUUUUAAAAUUAUUACAUAAUAAAGUAAUAAAAUUAUAA